ACCAGUUGUGUCAGACAAGAUGUGUAUAAAGUCACCCCUUCACUCUGCAACAUCUGUAUGAGCCGUAUAGGGUAACAUUCUCCACAGCGGCAUCAUACCCUAAGCCUAGCUAUAACCUUUUUCUUAAUUAUUUUUUCUUAUUUUUCUCUUCACCACCAUGUCUUCGGAUACAAAGAAAAGCCGUGGCCGUCAGAAGAUCGAGAUGAAGAAAAUGAGCAACGAGAGCAACCUCCAAGUCACCUUCUCCAAACGCCGGACCGGGCUCUUCAAGAAAGCCAGUGAGCUUUGCACCCUCUGUGCUGCCGACGUUGCACUCGUUGUGUUCUCCCCCGGAGAGAAGGUCUUCUCCUUCGGUCACCCUAACGUCGACGCCGUCAUUGACCGCUAUCUCGCGCGGGCCCCGUCGCAGGACAUGGGCACCAUGCAGUUCAUCGAGGCUCAGCGCCUGGCCAACGUGCGUGACCUCAACGCGCAGCUCACUCAGAUCAACGCCCAAUUGGAGGAGGGGAGGCAGCACGGGGAGGAGCUGAACCGCAUUAAGAAGGAAUCACAGGCCCAGCUAUGGUGGGCCCAGCCCAUCGAGAAAAUGAGCCUGGCCCAGAUGGAGCAGUACAAGGCGGCGUUGGAGGAGCUGAAGAAACUGGUUACGCAUCUUGCUGACAGGGCCAUGCUUGAGACUGCAACAAACCAGGGUCGUCAGUUUUUUCCCGGGGCUCCUUCCUCUUCCAAUCUGCUGCAUUACCCACACCCUUCUCCGAUGUUCCCCCAACCGCUGAUUCAGCCACCCAUGCUUCAGAACUUCAUGUUUCCUGAUGGGAGCAUCUUAGGCCAGCAAGGGUUUAAUCACAUGGAAAUGGGAGGAUAUGCACCUGGACCAGGACCCUCUGGUGCUUUCUUUUGAUCCUUUCGAUGAAUCCACACAUAUAACGCUGCUCUUUCAUGUUAAAAACUUCGUGUUAUUUUUAUUUCGGUGUAGCUCGGGCUUAGCUAGUUAAUUCCAUGGCUGUGACAUGGUUAUUAUUCGUUGGGGUUCGGAUAUUUCAGACAUGUCCUCAACCAUCAUCAUCAAUGCCAUGUUCUAUUACAA